GGGUUCAACGAAAGGUUUAGUGGGGAUGGAGUCGAACCGCCCCGAAACAGGGCAGUGUUUGACGAGGAUGCAAGCGCCGGAGCCAGGAAGGCAGCUCCAGGGAUGGGGGGAUGUGUGCCAUCUGUACGAAGGGCCGCCAAUAAUUCCUGA